GUUCCCGCCUAUUCACUUCGUCUCUCCCCCCACCAUAUAUCUACCUCCCCCCAAAAACCCUAAUCACCUAAAUCAAACAUUACCUCUGUAAAUUCUGAAGCGGCACAACAAUUAGGAACUUCAACCAGUCUUUGUUCAAUCGAAGAAGCGUCAGGUAGUUCACCUAAAUCGACCAUCCACAAUCAGCGCUCGAGCCCAGACAAUCUAUCCCGAUUCCUCCAAGCAACGACCAGGAAAAUCCAACAAUCAACGACGGCAAUGGUGAAUACUCGGGCAUCUGGAUCUGCAACGACUGACGGAAAAGUGUAUCAGAGGAGGAACACUAAAACCAAGCCACCGCGGAUCCCCAAAGCUCAAACCAGGGUUGUACCACAAAACAAAACAACACCGCAAUCCAACAAAGGGAAGGAGGCUGAUGCAAAAACUCCAAUUCCUGUUAACGAUACGAGUCCUACAACCAAAAACGUUGCAGUAGUGGAAAAACCUACUGGAGACAAAGCUGAACCUGUUUCUCAAUCUGGAAAAGGUGAGUAUAAUAAAAAACCUAAGACCACAUUGCUGUAUUUGAAAUGAUUUGAGUAAUAAUUUUUUGAUUUGUUAUGAUGCUUAUGUCUCAAUUUCAAAAUCAAAAAUCGCUUUCUAAGUUUGGAUGAGAAAAAGACGGUGACAUCUCUUGAGGCAGCGUUGGCGAAGGACAAACUCAAUUCACCCGAACUUGUAGAAGCUGUGAAGAACAUGUUCAAAGUCACAACACAGCUUACCAAGCUUGCUGAGGAUGGGCCACCCUUCGACAUUCAUCCUUCGUUUGAACAAAAGAAUGGUGAACUCGCAAGAAGACGCGGUGUUAAACAAAUUGAAAUUACAAACGUACAUGUAAUUCAAAAUUGUGCUGUUACACCACAGAAUGGAGUAAACAAGGCUGUGGCGGAGAUUAGUAGCUUCACGGCUGUAGGAAUGAUUCAGAGCUCGAAUACAGAAAAAUCAUUUAUAAGUGUUGGAUCUGAAGAAGCACGUUUGUGUGCAUCAAAGAGUGAUAAACAGGAACGCAACAACAUGAUUGGAACAUCAUUUAACGGUAUUAGCGUUGCAUCAAAUCAGAAGGGUAAAGAACAGGAAGGAACUAUCAAUGUUGAUGAGAUUGUAAAAUCAGCAAUGGCUGACUACAUGGAUGGCGGUGGUGAUGACGCUGCUGAUGAAUUUUUUUCGGAUGCUUCAGCAACGAAAACGACACCAAGUUUGAAUAAUCAGCUUAUAAUCAAUGAUGAUACUAAUGGUGAGGAAAUCGAUGUGGAGGCCAUAGUAAAAUCUGCAGUGGAAGCGUACAUGGAAUGUGAUGAGGCAGAUGCGGAUUUUGUCACACCUUUCACAAAAAAAUCAGAACCAAAAUUGGGCGAAGCUUUGGUCAUCACUGCAAACAAACAACCACAUGACAGGCAACAAACAUUUAAGAUGAACAUUCGCACCAAGACAGACAUGAGAUGUACUAAUGCACUGCGUUCACCAUUUCUUGAGAGAGCAGUCACUGUGUCACGAAAGCUUACUCCAGAUGAACGAGUAAUGUAUUAUUGGUUGAUGACCACUCACCACGGCAAUGAAGAACAAAUUAUCUACAAUGACCGAGUAGUUGAGGUCAUGCUCUUGGAGUUCUGUUCGCUACUGCCGCAUCAUGAGGUUUCAAGUGGAGUAAUUAGCUCCUUCUGCUCUGUACUUAACCAUAUGGAAGAUUUGAAAUCUGUCACCUCGCCAAAAAGACUAUUUUUCACAACCUACCCUGCUCUUUACACGGUUGUUAUGAGUAAUGGGCGGGAUGAUGAUGCAGACAAACUAGACGAAUUUGCCUCAAACAUUGACAAAGAGGUCAGCGAAAUACCACACUUCGCAUGGGGUGACAUAGAUAUGGUAUUCUUUGCAUUCUGCGUUUCAAAAAGGUACUACACUGUGUGCUUUUGUUUCAAACGAAGAUCAGUGGUGAUUAUAGAUGCUUGUAAAGAUGGAGAAAACAAUGACUUGCGAUUCACCUACGGAUGUAUUCCAGAGGCAUUGAGGACAUUCUUUUGUAAGUAUUUAUCAAGAAUUGGUUGUCACAAUCAAUGCAAAUCGGUUAUAAACGUGCCUAUUCAGAGGAUGAAGAUGAGUUGGAGAACAACAGACAAUGCAGAAGACAGUGGCGUUUAUUUGCUUAGACACCUUGAAGUCUACAUGGGUGAAAGGGAGGGACAAUGGAAUUGUGGACUAACGACAAAAAACAAAGGUGUGCUACAGUUUUUAAGAGCUAAAUACAACCGUGUGUUGAUGUUGGCAGGAAUUAAUCACAGCGCGUUACUCAAUAAAGAUGCGGCAUAUAAACAUUUUGCGAAGGAAAACAAGAAAACCAAGAUCAACGUAGAACACAUGAUAGCAAACUACGGAUCGGUGCAAAUGUAUAUUGCAUAAGUCAAAUAAGUUUUUCAUUUUGUUCGUU